UUUAGGGCUUUGCUCCCGGAAGCAGUUAUCCUUAUCGCAAGGCAAACGAGCUUUAUCGUGAUUCGUGUGCUACACCCAAUUGAUCCAGGAAUAUACACCAACAGCUGGGGUUUGUUGGCCGGAUUUGAAUUUUCCAUCGUAAUUGAGAACAUUUCUCAGUACUGGUUUUGAACAGUGUUGCAACCAGUAGAGACGAGCACUAUGGUGCUUCAGUUUAAGAUGUCAAUCGACACUGUACUGUCAUUGGUCAUCUGCUGCUAUGUACUCACCGGUACUACAGUGAUGAGUUGUCCAGCGCCAUGUUCGUGUGAUGGUGCACCUCGGUACACUGUAGAUUGCUCCACUCGCGGAUUAACAAUGGUGCCUGGUGGAAUACCGAAUACAACAAUAACUCUAUAUCUGAACUCGAAUCAACUUGCAAGCCUUCCUCCCAAUGUAUUUGCCAACCUAACACUCCUUCAGAAUCUGAAUUUGGGCACUAAUCAGAUCCCGAAUUUAAGUGAUGGUGUGUUCUCUGGUCUAACAAACCUCCAACAACUACAUCUGAACGAGAAUCAACUUGCAAGCCUUCCUCCCAAUGUAUUUGCCAACCUGACACUCCUUCAGGAUCUGUAA